GGACAGUAAAGGUGUGGGAUACCCGACAGAAGGAUUCACCUGUAGCCAACAUGGAGCCCGGGGAAGGAGAAACUAAGAGAGACUGCUGGACGGUUGCAUUAGGUCAUGCCUUUAAUGAUCAGGACCGCUGUGUGUGUGCUGGCUACGACAACGGCGACAUCAAACUCUUUGACUUGAGAAACAUGUCUCUACGGUGGGAAACCAACAUUAAAAACGGGGUAUGCUGCGUGGAGUUUGACAGGAAAGACAUCAACAUGAAUAAACUGGUUGCCACGUCACUGGAGGGAAAAUUCCACGUGUUUGACAUGAGGACCCAACACCCCACCAAGGGCUUCAGCUCCGUCUCAGAAAAGGUAAUCGACCCGGGCGCAGACGGAU